AUGAAAAACUCAGCACUUAGUAUCUUUCCUAUCAAUUUUUUUUUACUCUUUCUCUCUGCACUUUCACUCUCUCUCCCUCUCUCCUCUCUCACUCUCUCACUCUCUCUGUCUCUGUCUCCCUCAUGUUCUCUUUGCACUUUGUCUCCCUCUCUCUGCAUUUCCACAUCUCUCUUUCAAUGUAAACUUUCUCUGUGCAUUUUCGCUAUCUCUCUCACUCUGUGUGCAUUUUCUCUCUCACUCUGUGUGCAUUUUCUCUCUCGCCCUCUCUGUGUUCAUCUCUGUGUUAUUUUUUUCUCUCUGUGUAUUUUUUUCUCUCUCUGUGUUCAUCUUUUUCUCUCUCUGUGUUCAUCUUUUUCUCUCUCUCUCUUUUCAAUUCUCUCCCAUUGCUUAAUUGUCUAUUUAUUUAUUCUUACUUUUUUUCUUAUUUAUCCAUUGUUCACUUUUAGGUCUUUGAUUUUUCUUUCUUUCCUAUUUUCUUUCUGUUCCACUCUUUAUUUUUCACUCAUUCUCUCUCUUUUAACUUUCUCCUCUUCUUACUUUUCCUCUCUCUCUCUCUCUCUUUUCCACUUUCUUUUUAUAUUUUCCUUCUUUACACUCAAUCUCUAUUUCCAUUCCAAUUUUGCAAUGUGUAUGUAUCUAUCUAUCUAUCUAUCUAUCUAUCUCUUCCCACAUAUAUAUUUGGGCAGCAUGUCAAUAGAGGUAGAAUCCUACUAA